AUGCAGCUUCCUCACUACAUCAUGCAGCUUCCUCUCUUCAACAAAGUGCUUCCUCUCUUCUUCAAAGUACUUCCUCUCUUGAUCAAGGUGCUUCCUCUCUUCAUCAAGAUGCUUCCUCUCUUCUUCAACGUACUUCCUCUCUUGAUCAAGGUGCUUCCUCUCUUCAUCAAGAUGCUUCCUCUCUUCUUCAAAGUGCUUCCUCUCUUCAACAAAGUGCUUCCUCUCUUCAUCAUGCAGCUUCCUCUCUUCUUCAAAGUGCUUCCUCACUCCAUCAUGCAUCCAUCAUGCAGCUUCCUCUCUUCAUCAAGGUGCUUCCUCUCUUGA